GAUGUUGAUGUUGUUGAAUAGACUAGACCUUAGACAUUAGAACAAGUAGUUAUGACAGCAAGUGACAGCACUUGAGAACAAAACGAGUCGAGCUUGAAACAAAGUGUACUUGAUCAUGUAUUCUAAUCAUUCUGAUGGGGAUUUGUCGUCAGUACUUGCACUCUUCGCGACUUUAAGCAACAGUGAGUUAAAAGAAUUCCUGGAAGAUGAUGCAAAAUUGGACACUUUCUUGAAAGACCAAAAGCAGAUCAAGGGUUUGGAAGAGCUGGAAACCGCCAAAGAAAUGGCAUUGGCCAGCAACAGAUCUCUUGCGGAAUUCAACUUAUCUCGACAGAGAGAGUUAACUGAAGGGAAGUGCCGUUUGCAGCAAGUGAGUGAGGAAGGGCAGAAACUUCUUGAAAACAUAGAAAAUAUUGCUUCACAGCUCAAGGAGAAAGCAGGAACAACUAAUGCUGAAACAGUUUUAGCACUUCUUCAAACCUCAGCUGCCGAAAUGGAAGAGGAAUCAGAGAAAGUUGCAGAGCGCUUCCUUGAAGGCGAAAUAGACAUUGAUUCAUUCCUUGAUCAAUUUCAAAACACUCGGAAGAUCAUGCACCUUCGACGUGUCAAAGCCGAUAAAAUGUCCGAUCUUCUUACCAAACAAACCUCACCACAGGGAGGACCAGCUGCUGCUCCAGCUCCUUACCCGACUUUCCCUACGGGAGGGUCGUCCUAUUAUCCCCCAGCUCCCCCUGUGGGUGGAGCGCCGUACCCCAUGGGCCCCUUCAACAUGCCCCUUCCAGGGGGAUACCCAAUGCCCCGUUAUUAGUCAUGUUUAGGAUUUAUGUUAUUAGCUCUUACUUUAUUUCUUGUUGUAAUAUAUGACUAUGUUAAAUUUUAAAUGUCUGUGUUCUUCUGCUACUUUUAGUUUAUAGUCUGACUGCGGUACUGUAGAUGGAGGAAAACAAGUAGAAAAGAAAGAACAGGGUAAAGUUACAGUACAGCAAUGUAAACUCUUUUAGAUUUAUUUUAAGAUUUAAAUACAUACACAGCCAUAAAGAUUUUUACAUAAAUA